AUGGCCCAAGCCGGAACAGACUGCGAAGCGCCGGAGCUCGUUAUCGACGCUCAUGUGAAGUACAUACAAAGCUUGGAUACGAGGAAAGAUGAGCUGGACUACUGGCUUACCGAGCACUUACGACUUAAUGGCCUGUAUUGGGGAUUAAAUGCUCUCUACUUGCUUCGUCGGCCGGAUGCCCUCCCACGACAAGAUGUCAUCGAUUUCAUUCUCUCCUGCCAGCAUGAAAAUGGCGGAUUUGGUGCAGCGCCAGGUCACGACGCCCACAUGCUUUCUACAGUAAGUGCUGUGCAGAUCCUCGCCAUGACGGAUGCCUUCGACCAGCUGGAAACCAAAGGCAAAGGGAAAGAACAGGUCGGCAAGUUCAUAGCAGGGCUACAAAACCAAGAAACCGGUACAUUUGCUGGAGAUGAAUGGGGCGAGGAAGACACUCGCUUCCUGUACGGCGCUUUCAACGCCCUGUCACUGCUCGACCUCAUGUCUCUGGUUGAUGUUGAUAAAGCCGUUUCUCACAUCACCGCUUGUGCCAACUUUGACGGCGGUUAUGGAACUGGUCCCGGUGCGGAGUCGCAUUCAGGCCAGGUCUUCACCUGUGUCGCAGCGCUUGCGAUUGUCGGGCGUCUGGAUCUUGUGAACAAAGAGAAACUCGGUCGAUGGUUGAGCGAGAGACAAGUCCCUUGCGGCGGCCUCAACGGCCGACCCGAAAAAGACGAGGACGUUUGCUAUAGCUGGUGGGUGUUGAGUAGCCUUGCUAUCAUUGAGCGCACCCACUGGAUCGAUCGCGAUGCAUUGAUCGCUUUUAUAUUGAAAUGUCAAGACACUCAGAUGGGCGGAAUUUCCGAUCGGCCUGGUAAUAUGGUUGAUGUUUGGCAUACUCAGUUCGGUCUGUGUGGUUUGAGCCUUUUGGGCUAUCCAGAUCUCGAGGCAGUCGAUCCAGUGUAUUGUAUGCCAAAGACCAUAACAAAGAGACUUCUCGGUUGA